CGCUGCGCUGAAGUCUGCCUGGCGCUGCUGAGCCGGCACCUGCCCGGCCCGCGCUGCUCGCCAUCACUUCGCAGGCUCCUGUAUGCGGACAGCCCUGCAGCCCCCUCCUGCUCCUAACUUGCCCGCCCUGCUGCCGGCCACCCCUGCCUCUUCCAGGCCCUGACCCUCCAGGCUGGCUUUUGUCCAAGCGGCAUCUCCGGUUUUGCAGAGGGGAUGGGCUCUUCCCACUCCAUGUCGGAGGAGAUCCAGGAGCUGGCGGACAAGACCGGCUUCACUUCAGAUCAAAUCGAGCACCUCCACCGAAGAUUCAAACAGCUAAGUGGGGAUCAGCCGACCAUCCGCAAAGAGAACUUCGAUCGCAUUCCUGAUUUGGAGUUCAACCCACUUCGGGCCAAAAUCGUCCAGGCCUUUUUUGACAAGAGGAACCUUCGAGAGGCAUCCGAAGGACUGGCUGAUGAAAUCAAUUUUGAGGACUUCUUGACAAUCAUGUCCAAUUUCAGACCCAUUGAGAUGAAUAUGGAUGAAGAGCAGCUGGAUCGCUGCCGCAAACAGAAGCUGAAAUUCCUCUUUCACAUGUACGACGCGGACAGUGACGGGAAGAUCACCCUGCAGGAAUACCGAAAGGUGGUGCAGGAGCUGCUCUCAGGGAACCCCCACCUGGAUAAAGAGUCGGUGAGAUCCAUAGCUGAUGGGGCCAUGAUGGAGGCUGCCAGCAUCUGUGUGGGGCAAAUGGAGCCAGACCAGGUAUACGAGGGAAUCACAUUUGAAGACUUUCUAAAGAUCUGGGAGGGAAUUGACAUCGAGACCAAGAUGCACGUCCGCUUCCUCACCAUGGAACCGAUUCCAAUUUGCCACUAACCAAAGAGAAGUUGUGAUGUAGGUGCCGGUGCCUUUGGAGCGACCUGGGACAAAAUGUCUGGGGGUCGAUACGGGUAGAUGGGAGAUUGGCCUCUCCCAGCGCUGCUGAGAUACAGAAAAGUUGCUUGACACAAAAGUUUGUGCUGUUGGUUAUGGGGGGGUGUAAUUUUAUUAGGCUGAUACUAGCCUAGCUUUGCAGAUAUUCCCCUUUCCACCUCCUGAUGUGUCCACAUUUAAGAUGUAUCAGCAGCGCAUAAAAUAAAGUAGGAUCGUUUUUAG